AUGGCUACCACACGAGUUUCAAUAUGUCUCCCUUUAAAGCCCUGUAUGGUAGAAGGUAGAACGCCUAGUUGUUGGGUAGAGCUAAGUGAGAGAAAAAUUGUGGGACAAUACUUCAUGCGCGAAACAAAAGAAAAGGUUGUCGUCAUUCAUCAUCACUUGAAGGCUACUCAGGACCAACAAAAUUCCUAUGCCGACUUAAAAAGGAGAGAAAUCUCCUUUGAGGUAGAAGAUAAGGUAUUCCUGAAGCUCUUCCCUUGGAAGAGGAUUAUAUGCUUCGGUCCAAAAGGGAAGCUAAGCCCUAGAUUUAUAAAACCAUAUGUGAUUUUUGACAAGGUUGGUCUAGUGGCAUAUAGGUUGGCGUUGCCUCCUGAGUUAUCAAGGAUUCACGUUGUAUUCCAAGUAUUAAUCUUGCAUAGGUAUAUAUCCAACCCAGAAUACCUGAUACAAAUUGAAGAGCUUGACAUUGAGCCAAAUCUAUCUUAUGAGGAAGAGUCAGUUCGUAUUUUGGCUAAGGAAGUUAAAGAGCUAAGGACUAAAAGAAUUCCCUUAAUGAAAGUACUAUGGAGAAAUCACAACACUGAAGAAGCCACUUGA